UAACAAUAAUUUAAAAUAUUAUAUUGUAGGAAAGUAUAUAUGUAUUCAAGAUGCCCAAAAGCUUCUCUAAAAUUAUAGUACUAGGUGCUAGUUCUAUUGGAAAGACAACCAUUAUUGAACAGAUAGUUUAUGGAAAUUACAAUCCAGAAAAGGAGAUGCAUCCAACAAUAGAAGAUUCAUACGAUGCAUGGGUCGAUGCUGAUCGAGGACAAAAGGAAAGAAUUCGAAUAUUUGAUGUAAAAGGACUGGACUUGAACAAUCUGGUUUUGCCGUUUCACCACAUCCAAGUAGCAGACGCUUUUAUGUUGGUGUUCAGUGUAACUUCCCGAAAAAGUUUGACCUUGGUUGAGCAUCUAAAGAAGGAGAUCGAACGCAUCAGAGGAAAAGAUUUUCCUAUUGUUGUGCUUGGCACGAAGGUUGAUGUAGCAGAUGCACGAGAGUGUGAACAUUCUGCUGUUGUAAAAUGGGCUAAUUCCGAACGAAUUAAGAUGUUUGAGGUUUUGCCAAUGAACAGAAAUACGUUACAGGAGCCACUAACAUACCUUGUGAAAAAAAUCAGCAGUAACAUUGGUAAACGAAAUGCGGAUGUGAAAGGUAUAUUUCGACGUGGCGUGGGAAAGAAUUUUAAAGAAAGCAUGUCAGAGAGUUGAACACAAGCUGGAACAUCGAGACUAAUACGACAACAUUGAUACGUUUUAUCUAAAACUUUUAUCAACACGGCUAUCUUGUGAGUGUGGCUGCAAGCUCAUGAAGUUGAAAGAAUGUGUGUAUUCUUGCAUCUCACUCAUGAAUCCUUAUUGUGGAACCGAUAAACCUGAACGUAUUCAUCCGCACUAUUAGAUUUUAAAAGCUGAACAAAUUGAGAAAAGAUUAAGAUAUUCACUGCUGAUGCAAGCUAAAAAAAACUUCAAAAUCGUGGUAAAUAGACAUUUUUUAUUGUAGUCAAAUGUAUUCCAGUAAAUUUUUUUAUGUAUAUAAAGAUUAUAAUAUCAAAGAACAACAACAUGGCGGAUUUUAUUAGGACGAUUAUAAUGAUUAAUUUAUAAGAAGAAAUCGAAACGUUCAAAUACUCGUA